AUGGUGCGGACCACCACCGCAGAGACGCUGUCGCUGGUGACGCGCACCGUCUCGGUCGCCCCGCUGGUGUUGCUGUCCGUGGUCGACCACUACAACCGUGUAGAGGCGUACAAGAGCAAGAACAAGCGGGUGGUGGGCGUGCUAUUAGGGCAGAAUGACGGCAAGAACGUGCGCGUGUCCAACAGCUUUGCAGUGCCGUUCGAGGAGGACGAGAAGGACCCGUCGGUCUGGUUCCUUGACCACAACUACGUUGAGUCCAUGCGGGACAUGUUCAAGAAGGUCAAUGCCCGCGAGAAGUUAAUAGGGUGGUAUCAUUCCGGCCCCAAGCUGCGGGCGUCCGAUCUCGAGAUCAACGAACUCUUCAAGCGCUACACCCCGAACCCGCUGCUCGUCAUCAUUGAUGUACAACCGAAAGAGACUGGCGUGCCGACAGACGCUUACUUUGCGGUUGAGGAGAUCAAGGAUGACGGCACAACCACAGCCAAGACUUUCGUCCACACACCCUCUAUCAUCGAAGCUGAAGAGGCCGAAGAAAUCGGCGUUGAGCACCUCCUCCGCGACAUCCGCGACGUAGCCGUCGGCACGCUCUCGACCCGCAUCACCAACCAACUCCAGUCCCUCCAGGGCCUGCACACACGUCUACGCGAUAUCCAAGCGUACUUGCAGAAAGUCCUCGACGGCCAGUUGCCCGUCAACCACACUAUCCUGGGCCACCUGCAGGACGUGUUCAAUCUGCUGCCCAACCUGUCGACGCCCAAGGCCGGCAGCGGCGCUGGUGCGGGCGUCAAGGGCCACCAGAGCGAGCUCGACUACGCCAUGAGCGUCAAGACCAAUGAUCAGCUGAUGGCGAUCUACUUGAGCAGCUUGAUCCGGGCGAUCACGGCGUUCCAUGACUUGAUUGAGAAUAAAAUCCAGAAUAGACAACAGCAGGAGGAGAGUGAUGCAAAGGAGAAUGGGGUUGCUGCUGGGAAGGAGGGGGAUAAGAAGGAGGCGAACGGGAAAGGUGGUAAGGAGGGUGGUACAGAGAAGGAAAAGGAGAAGGAGAAGGAUAAGAAGAAAUGA